UCGAAUUCCAUCACCAAUGUCCCUGUGGUUGAUUUAGAUAGACACCAACGUCUGUAAAACCCAGAAUAAACCCUCUUUUUUUUCUCAGUCCCUCUUUCUAUCCAUCACCGUUCAAAUUCACAAACAACAAUGCAUAUUUCUCUUAGCAACUUAGCCUUCAAGACCCCUCAACUCUUCCCACUCCACCACCCCAUUUUCCCUCCAAAGCCACUGCUGCAGCACCAAGUUUCAACGCAAAGCCAUGUGAAUGUGCUGAAAGGGUCGGGGUAUUUGUCUGAAAUCAGCAAAAAAAUUGAUAACGAAGAGCAGUACCGUAUAGCCCGGUCGCAGGUGAACCGGAAAGUUCUGGAAUUGGAAGGUUAUUCCAUUGAGGGUAUUUCAGUUGGAGGCCAAGAGACAUGUAUCAUAAUACCUGAAUUCAAGUGCACUUUUGAUAUUGGGAGGUGCCCUAGUAGAGCUAUUAAUCAAAAUUUCCUUUUCAUUACUCAUGCUCAUCUUGAUCACAUUGGAGGGCUUCCAAUGUAUGUAGCUAGCCGUGGUUUGUUCAAUUUAAAACCACCGACUAUCUUUGUGCCUCCUUGCAUCAAAGAGGAUGUUGAGAAGCUGCUUGAUAUUCACAGAACAAUGGGCCAGGUUGAAUUGAAUGCUGAAGUGGUUGCCUUGGAUGUUGGGGAGACAUAUGAGAUACGGAAUAACCUUGUUGUCCGACCAUUCAGUACACAACAUGUUAUACCUAGCCAGGGCUAUGUAUUCUAUUCAAUCAGGAAAAAAUUGAGGAAACAGUAUGCCCACUUGAAUGGGAAACAAAUUGAGAAAUUGAAGAAGGCGGGUGCUGAGAUUACAGACACUAUAUUAUCUCCUGAGGUGGCCUUCACCGGUGAUACAACACCAGAUUUUAUGCUUGACCCAUGCAAUUCUGAUGCAUUGAGAGCCAAAAUUCUCAUAACUGAGGCAACUUUCCUAGAUGAUUCAUUCAGCAUAGAUCAUGCUCGGCAACAUGGUCAUACUCAUUUAUUUGAGAUCAUUGCAAAUGCACAGUGGAUUCGCAACAAAGCAGUUCUGUUGACUCAUUUUUCACCAAGAUAUACUUUAGAGGAUAUUCGACAAGCUGCAUCAAAAUUGCAGUCCAGGCUGUCCGCAAAGGUGGUUCCUCUUACGGAAGGCUUCAAAUCUAUGUACACUUAGGAAUCAAAGUAUAUUCACUCUUCACCAUUAUCAGUGUAUCAAGUAGAGGAUAAAAAGUGUACCUAGAUAUAUCUACAUUUCACAGUUUAUUUCAUGUAAAUUAGAGAGGUACAUUUUUUUUUGGAACUUGUAAGCUUUCAAUUUAUAUCUAUGUAAUUUGCACAGCAUUAAAGUUAUUGUUUCCCCAA